AGCGCUCAGCGCUCAAUCUGCGGUCGUCCACACUCGUCCACAGCUGCCUCAGGCUGUCGACUCACCGGCGUGGCCACCAAGUUAGGCUUGCUCGGAACAUAGUUGUCCUGAUCUUUGGACCUAGAUUUGACCUCCUUACUGGUCCCUACUCGCGCUAAUACACAUGCUGGAGAUGGCAACUUCACCUCCUGGAUUUCUGCGUCGGGUGUACGACAUCCCCACUGACAGCUCUGAAACGAUCUAUACCGGCGACGAGCGAAAACAAGGAUGCCUAUUGUCGCCUGAUCAAGGCCGGCCGUAUGUUACGCUGACAUUCGCCCAGUCCCUGGACGCGAAGAUCGCUGGGAUGGGCGGUAAGCAGCUCGCGCUGAGCGGGAAGGAGAGUAUGCUGAUGACGCAUUGGAUGAGGACUCUUCAUGACGGGAUCCUUGUUGGCAUCGGAACCGCGCUGAACGAUAAUCCUCAGUUGAACACACGACACUUGCCACCUUUUCCCGCCGGCUUCUCUCACCGCUAUCAUCUGCCUAGACCAAUAAUCCUGGACACGCACCUGAGUCUGUCGGUUGACUGCAAAUUACUCACCAACUUCAAGGCAGGUGUUGGAAGGCGACCAUGGAUUGUAGCCUCUCUGUCAUCAAAUGGUAGCGAUGAACUUCGCGCGUCGAGGAGGUCUUCCUUGGAAGCCGCGGGUGCGCGAAUUGUAGAAGUCGGCACUAGCGCAGACGGCAGGAUCCCUAUCCCCGCACUUCUCGUCAAACUGCGCGGAUUGGGCAUGCAAUCGCUCAUGGUGGAAGGCGGCGCGCGAGUCAUCCAGUGUUUCUUAGCAGCGGAGGCUCAGCACCGAAACUGCAUUGACACGGUGAUCGUCACGAUCGCUCCGACUAUUGUUGGCAAGGACGGUGUUGCAUACGGCUCGAACCUGCCAUCGGACACGCUACCUGCUAUGCAGCAUGUCGAGACCGAAUUGUUCGGUAGGGACGCCGUGGUUGCCUUGAGAAUACAUCAGCGCUACCUUUAGUCCGCAUUGAGAUGCAGACGAAACUCUAGUGCAGUUACACUCACGCCUGCAAGGAUGCCAAUGCACACACUUCAUAUGUAGAACUCGUGCACAUUCCAUUCGCAA